UAUCAACCAGACUAGACAGCCGCUGCUCCAGAACUCCUGUGACUCUCAUCGUUGCAUCAUAUCCAUCUCAUAGAUCGCGGUCAUGGAGCCCAUCGCCGAGCCCCGCGACCGCUUCAAUCUCCGUAAAGCACUCCUCCGUGUCGAAAGGGACAUCAAAGCCCUGGAAGAGCAAGAUAUACAUACCUUAGACCAAAGUGUGCUGACACGGUGCAGAGUUCGAGCUUUGCCUCUAAGCCUUGAUGCUGGUGACUCGCUCGCACCAAAGUUUUUCACUUCUUUUGCCCCUAGUGACAUGCCGGAGCCAACGCCAGAAUUUGUCGACAGAGAAUACAACACCGACGAGCUGACCCUGUCUAGUGAGCGCGGACGACUGAUCUACCUUUAUCUUAAGUCAUACGUGAGCGAAAUGAUUGUCGACUUUCCAGAGGUUCAUCGAACGUGGUCAAGCAAACAGAUCGGUAAUUACAAUAUUCGCAAUCUGUACCGGACGUUGGAACCUGAAUAUGGCACCUUAUCGAUACUUCAUGUUGCUAAGGCCUCCAAGCCGCAUGUGAAAUGUAUCAUGCACAACGACCUCGACGUAGAUGACAAUCAUCUGCUUUGCGGGGAAGUAUUGACUGUCAUUCGGAUCAUGUUGGACCAGCUCAAACAGAAGAUGUUUGUCAAUGAUAUGAUUGCACCAGUCCUGCUCCUUUCGCUCAACCAACGGCAUCCGCGUGUCAUGGAGGCAUACUUUGAUGGCCAGGAACUGUUGAUUCGCCGCACUAAAUCCUACGACUUUAGAUUCCUCAACAUAGCUGGGUUCAAGACCUUUACACAAUGGUUCCUCGGCAAUCCUAUUGGUAUCACGUCCAGAGAAGCGAUUCGGACUUGAUGGGUCGAUCUUAGAUUGAGGGUGCUUGAGUUAUCUUUUUUUGUUGUUCUGGAAACAUUCUAUAACGCGAUCAGGUCUUU